AUGGCAGAGAAGUCUCGAUCUGUGAUAUUGGGAAAAGCUGUCCAUGUCCAAGAUACCUGUUCUGAAGAAGAAAUUUUCCUGUUGCUAGCUCCAUGCCAGUUUCCUUGUUUUUCUGUGGGUGGAAGAGCUGGAAUCCACAGCGAGAGUCUGGGGCUCAAAGUUUCAGUGGAGCGUUUUUAUUGGUUUUCUCUUUUGGAUGGGGAGCUUGGAGUGGGAGAAUCCUCCAAGCCUCAUCAGCAUCAAGCAGCUGACUCCUCUAUAUUUGUUCAACUACAGGACCGCACUCAGUUCAGUGACCGAGACUUAGCCACUCUUAAGAAGUACUGGGACAAUGGCAUGACCAGCCUGGGUUCUGUUUGUAGAGAGAAAAUUGAAGCUGUUGCAACUGAACUAAAUGUUGACUGUGAAAUAGUUCGGACGUGGAUUGGGAAUCGAAGAAGGAAAUAUCGUUUAAUGGGGAUUGAAGUUCCACCUCCAAGAGGAGGCCCUGCUGAUUUCUCUGAACAGCCUGAAUCUGGUUCUUUGUCUGCACUCACACCAGGAGAGGAGGCAGGAGAGGAUAAUGACAGAAAUGAUGAAGUGUCCAUCUGUUUGUCUGAAGGAAGCUCUCAAGAAGAACCCAAUGAAGUUGUUCCAAAUCAUGCAAGGGCUCAUAAAGAGGAGGAUCACCAGCCAAUAUCCACAGAUAACGUGAAAAUAGAAAUUAUCGAUGAUGAAGAAAGUGACAUGAUAAGUAAUUCUGAAGUAGAACAAGUUAAUUCUCUCUUGGAAUAUAAGAAUGAAGAAGUCAGAUUCAUUGAAAAUGAGCUAGAAAUUCAGAAGCAAAAAUACUUUAAACUUCAGACAUUUGUUAGAAGUUUGAUACUAGCUAUGAAAGCUGAUGAUAAGGAACAACAGCAGGCACUGCUGUCAGAUUUACCUCCUGAAUUAGAAGAGAUGGAUUUCAAUCAUGCUUCGCCGGAACCUGAUGAUACCUCAUUCAGUGUGUCUUCUUUAUCAGAGAAAAAUGCCUCAGACAGUUUGUGAUUUGAAGGGUGGAGGGGAAUAUAUCAUGCAGAAUUUUGGCUGCCUAACAGGGAAGUGCAUUCUGUUGCCCCAACAUUCUUCAGUUGGAAAAACACAUUGUUAGAACAGACAUAUUCAGUGAAGAGUGGAUAAGAUGCAAUGGCUACACUGCAAAAAUGUGUGUUAAAUUUUGAAGCACUGUUUGAACUGUGGUUUUCAAACUGAUGGAAUUUUAGAAAAUUUUAAUUUUUG